CCGGUCGUUCCUUCGCCUGACGAUUUAAAUCUCGGGGACGGGGAGGGGCGAGCGGAGGGGGCGGAGCUUGGCACCGGCGGGCCCCUCACACCCACCCCGAAUGGGCGUGGCCGCGCAACUUCCGCUCUUAUCGGCAGCAUUGUCCCGGAGCUCUGACCUCUUUUGCCAUGGCGCUCUCUCGCGCAGAGCGCUGCUUCGUGCUCGUGCUGCGCUUCCUCUCGGGAGCCCUCCUCGCGCUGCUCAGCCUGGCGGCGCGCGCCUCAGCCCUCCGCUCCCCAUUGAGGGCGCCGGCGGCGGUGGCGGCUGCUGCUGCUUCUUCUCCUCCUGGCCCCAGCAGAGCCCGCGCCGUCCCGCCGCCGGAACACCCAUUGCUGUUGCUGUCCGCAGUGGAGCUGGCGCGGCGGAUCCGCCGCAGGGAGGUAAGGGCCCGGGCAGCCCGUCUCUGAGUUAGAGAGAGAGAGAGAGAGAGAGAGAGAGAGAGAGAGAGAGAUGUGGGAGGGGAUCGCCCCGCAAGGGCUGCUGGGCAUUGUAGUUUUGCUAGGAGGGGGUCUACUCCAAGGCAAAGCUUGGGGAUUCCUAGCCCUUCGCGAAUGCCCCAUGUUCCUAGAGCACCUAGGCUUCCAUAUAUCCUACCUUGACUCUGAGGAUCUGCUUAUGAAGUUGUGCCACAAAAUCCAGUGUGGAAUAUUUAGUGGAAGUCCUCUGUUCCAAGGUAGCAGGGGCAUGUCGGCUCCCACAGCUUUGGUGCUCUCUUUUUAAUUUCUUUGCAGCUUGCUUGUGAAGUAUGGAAUCUAGAUCUGGCGUGAGAGAUUCUUGGCCUAGGCACAAGGGUGAACCUUUCAGAAUAAAUCAACAUAAGCCCUUAACAUGAAUCCCAGGAUCUUUGUAGAAUCUUAAGUCCACGUUCUAUUAGAUACUCCCACCUGCUUUCAAAGAAAAAACAAAUUUCUCGUGAGAAUGUGGGCGAUGUUCCCUUUAGUUAAAGGAAAGAGACAGUACUCUUUAAUAGUACUUUUACUAUUAAAAGUAUCACUUUUACAACCAGAAUGGUGAAUGCAGAUAAUAUUGGGCACUCAAAAGGUGGAGGGAGCAGAAAAAUACCCAUCUGCUGCAUUAGCUUUCUUUCUAGCACAGUGAAGAGACCAGGAUUGCACCUGUUGCCAUUAUGUGACAGUAGCAGGAUCGGCAGAGGAUCCAUAGGAUUCUGCGGUGGCUCAGCCCCACCCCUGAAGCACCCUGUUUCAGAGAUAUCUGCUGGUGGGGACGCCACUAGUGGUUGGUUCUGCUCACUAUUUGGAUGGGUGCAUUGGCGUGCUCUUUGCUGGCAGAGCUUCCACACUGAUGGUUGGAGCUUCCCUGGUUGCAGAAGCCUUUAAAAUGUCAUUCAGUGGCCCCAUUCAAUCUCCCUUCAGCACAGUGAUUCGGGGAUUUGGAUUGCUCAGUUAGUCAUCCAUGGUAGUGGUCUACUGACUCCAAACAUGUAGCUUUCAUGUGGGAAAGACCAAGCGCUGGGGGUGGGAGGGUGGGAGAGAGAAAUCCAGCUCCUAAAAAUGCAAUAUCUGAAACAUUUCUAAUUCUUCAGACCGUUUGGUAAGCCGCUAUCUCUGCAGCAUUAAAGUUCAUUUGCUGAACAUUAUACUCAUUUGAUAAGGGUCUCGUCUGCCUUCAGUUUACCCACUAAAUAAAUGUUUUAAAGAAAUCCCACCAAAUGCAAAGCCUGCCAUGCUCUUGCUGUUUACCUUCUGCCCACUUUUCUGUGGAAGAUGCAAAUAAAUCUGCAAUGAGCCCUGCUGGUGUUCAUGAUGAAAUAAAUUUGGAUUGGUUCCACUUGAAUACUUUUCACUGGGGUUGUUGAUGUAACUGCACAUCAUAGAAUUAUCCUAGCAAUUCUGAAAUAGCCAAAAGCAUCUGGAGAAGAGUAAGAGAACAUCCUGUUCUUAGGUUUAAUUUUUGUUUUGCAGAUUAAUGCAAAUCAUUAUUAGGGAUAGAGAGUUGCUAGACCACAAUGAUGCUGGCUUCCUUGCUUUAUCCACCUGUAUUACCGAUUUUUAGGUUGGGUGGGGGAAUGACAAACCAGCCUGGUCACCUGGAGGCAAUUUUUACUCUCAGCAAGUUACUAUUUGAAAAUCUAGAUUUAAGAAGGUAAUCAACUGUACCACCGUUGAUGCUGAUGUCCCCUCCCCUCCAAUUCUAAAUACACCUGUUGCAUGAGUGAAUUCAAAUUUGUUUCAUCAACACUUGCUUCUAAACUAAGGUUACUAGACGUCCGCAUUUCCCGGGGACAGUCCCUGGAUUUACAAAUCAGUCCCCAAACAAAAUCCUUUGAAGUUGAAAAGUGUCCCCAGAUUCAUUGAAAAAAAUCUGGUAACCUUACUCUAAACAAGCAUUACACUGUUCUUCAGUUGCUUUGCGUCAGGGCAAGAGAUUGGUAUUGAGAAUCUCGUCUCCUGCCCCUCCCUUAAAGGAAUGUGGUUUUUUCCAGUGACUUGCUUGGUGUGUAUUGUAAAGAGGUUUGGAAUCUUAGGAGAAAUCUUGUGUACAUUCUCAUUUAGAAGAUUUUCAAAUAAGCCUCCAAGCACUGUUCAGAUUAUAACUUACCCAAAACCUGUAGGGGUUACCGUGGCAUAGACUUUUGACACAGGCAAAUAACAUACAGUAAUUGUCUUUCAUGGUUAUACAGGAAAAUGGGCUCAUUUGAGUCCUUACAUUCUGUUGUGCAUCUUUCAUAGGGGCGGGGAAACUUUGUGUCAUCAUCACAUGUUGCUGAACUGCAGCUCCCAUCAUUCCCAGCCAUUGACCAUGCUUUCUAGGGCUUGUGGGAAUUGUAGUCUGGCAACAUCUGGAGGUUUCCCAUAUUUCCCCCCAUAUCUCCAACUCUUAACCUCUUUCCACAAUUUAAUAUACCGUAUUUUUCCAUGUAUAAGAUGCCCCCUAUUUUGGGGGACUCAGAUUUAAGAAAAUGGGAGGAGAUGGCCCUGUGUAUAAGAAGCCCCCAAAUUUUUGACAUUAUUUUUAAGGGGAAAAACCUACGGUAGUCUUCUACACGGAAAAAUACAGUACUUAUUUUCAAAUAGGUUAAGAUUUCUUAAAGGUAAGGUAAAGUGACCCCUGACCAUUAGGUCCAGUCGUGACCGACUCUGGGGUUGCGGCACUCAUCUCGCUUUAUUGGCCGAGGGAGCCGGCGUACAGCUUCCGGGUCAUGUGGCCAGCAUGACUAAGCCGCUUCUGGCGAACCAGAGCAGCACACGGAAACGCCGUUUACCUUCCCGCCGGAGCGGUACCUAUUUAUCUACUUGCACUUGACGUGCUUUCGAACUGCUAGGUUGGCAGGAGCAGGGACUGAGCAAUGAGAGCUCACCCCGUCGCGGGGAUUCGAACCACCGACCUUCUGAUCGGCAAGUCCUAGGCUCUGUGGUUUAACUCACAGCGCCACUCGCGUCCCAAUAAGAUUUCUUACUGUCAGCCAAAUUCCCAAAUACAACUUUUGCCUAUUUUUAAACUAGACAUCCUUUCUAAAAAUUUUUUUUGACUGCUCAUCCAUGUUUUUGACCAACAUUUUGGUUUUAUCUGAGCUUAUUUUGAAACCUGCCACUUCUCCAAACCUUUUAAUUUCUUCUAAUGUUUUGGGAACGCUCUCCAAAGGUUGUUCUCGUGUCAGCACCACAUCGUCAGCAAAUGCCCUUAAUUUAUAGACUCUAUGUCCCACCUCAAUACCUUUAAUAUUCAAUGAACAUUUAAAGCACAUUGCCUCCCUCAAAUAAUACCUGUGGGAAACUAUAUUUUGUUAAGGGUGCUGGGAGUUGUAGCUCAGUGCGGGUAAAAUGCAGUUCUGAGUAUUCUUUGAGGGAAAGCAUGCAUGUUAAAUGUAGGCACAUUCCCAGAUGGCAAGGGAAAUAAUUCGUAAUAGUGAGCAUGAGCUAAAUUCUGCCUCUUUCUGAAAUCCGUUAUCAGCGGCUUCCCUCACAUUGCUGCUCACACCCAAUGGUUAAUGAUAAACUUAUUUAUCACUUAUUUUAUUGCAUGUAUAUUAUACCACUUUCCCAAGGAACUCAGACAUACUGUGCAUAGGUUUUUCCAAUUUUCCCCUACUCAACAAAUAUGUGAGGUGAGUGAGGCUAAAAUACAGCAACUGACUGAAGGCUUCCUUACAUGGCCAUGUGGAGAGCCUCCUUUCUCAGAGAUAGUGUACCACUGACAAGUACUUUUCUGGCAAGUACAGUGGUGCCUCGCAAGACGAAAAGAAUCCGUUCCGCGAGUCUCUUCGUCUUGUGGGUUUUUUCGUCUUGCGAAGCAAGCCCAUUAGAGUUUUAGCGGCUUAGCGCUACAGUAUUAGCGCCGGCUUAAAGAUCAGCUGAUAAGCGGCAAGGAUCAGCUGAUAGCGGCUUAGCAUCAGCUGUUAAGCGUCUUAAAGAUCAGCUGAUAAGCGGCUUAGCAUCAGCUGUUAAGCGGCUUAAAGAUCAGCUGAUAAGCGGCUUAGCCAUCAGCUGAUAAGCGGUUUAGCGGCUUGGGAAAAAGGGGGGGGGGAAGGAAAAAAACCCCGCAGGAACUCACAAGACAUUUUCGUCUUGCGAAGCAAGCACAUAGGAAAUUCGUUUUGCGAAGCACCUCCAAAACGGAAAACCCUUUCGUCUAGCGGGUUUUCCGUCUUGCGAGGCAUUCGUCUUGCGGGGCACCACUGUAAUAGCAGGGAGUGUGCGAUGGACGUUUUGUCUUGCUUGUGAGCUUCACAGAAACAUCUGUAAACCAUUUUGUGAAGCUGGGUUAUUUGGACCUUUGGUCUGAUCCAUUAAAGUUCAUAGCUGCCCAGAGUGGUUUGAGCAGCAUAUAAAGAAUGAAUCAUCAUCAUUAUUAAAUUAUUAUAGAAUAUUCGAACCUUGAUUUCCUUGCUCCAAGCCCAGCAUUCUAUCCAUGGCACGGUGCUAAUUGCUAAUGAAACAAAACACAAUGUUCAGCACAUACGGUCAUUAGAUCUCUGAAAGUUAGCCAGAUUUCAUCAAUCUUUUGAGCACUUUUUAUUCCUUGCAGGUGAAAUGUAUUGAUGUUAUUGAAACAUACAUUGGGAGGAUCAAAGAAGUCAACCCGUUGAUCAAUGCGAUUGUAAAAGACAGGUGAGUGAUGGAAUUUAUACUUUCUUUUUCAACGUAUUUCUACUUCUGACAGGAAAAAGGGCAGGCAGAUGCGGUGCUCCGCUAGAGAUUCUCUGUUGCCUCACACGUUGACCUACUUUGAGUCAAUACAGUUCCUGAAGAAUUCUUCCAAGUGCUCGCAUAGUUAUGAUUUGCAACACAAUCAUAGCAAAAGUAACUAGUUUGUAGCUUCUCCGAAUCCGAACAAAGGGAGCUCUGCUCAUUCUCGGAAGUACUUGUCCUUUCUGAACCUUUCUCUGACCUUGGCCAUCCUGUAUUCAGACUAAGAACAUGAGAGCUGGCCUACUGGAUGAGUGGGGCAGGCAGGUGGGAUAAAGUGUCAUCUCACCUAGUACUCUGUCUCCCAACAGCUGCUGAUCAGAUGCUCCUGCAAUAUGCACAAGCAGGGGCAUGGUGGAGAAAGGUGAAGUGAUAGGUGGGCCAUCUCACGGGGUGGGACAAAGCAGCACCCGGCAAUAACGAGCCUCCCACUUACCAACCUUCCUGCAGGGAUCUGCAUUGCCAAUGCAUUCUCUGGAAUCUUUGGACCCCAUCAUGCCUAUCAGCUAAUGCCAUCCUUUGCUGGUGGGCAUGUGGCUGUAUUUUGGAGAGAUGGUCUAAUGGGUCAGACCCCCUGUAGACCACGACUGGCUGCAAGGUGGAGAUUCUCUGUCCCUGUUGUAUACCAUCAUGUUCUUCUUUUAAGGAUUUUUUAAAAGCCGUUUGACCAUUUGUCCUCGCUCCCAGGCAGGAAAUAGCAAGGGGCUGCAUACCUGAGGGGAAACCUGGAGACAGAACCCUGUUUUGUUUAUCCGAGGUCAAGAACCUCUUUGCCGUUAAGCAAAUAUUUCUAGAGAAGUUGCAAAGCUGUGGUGAUCACAAAGCAAAACAAAAAUCAAAAAACAGCAACAUUUAGACUUGUUUCCUCUAGGCUCCCUCUCAAGUAUUUCUCCAGCUUCACCUCUGGCUGUGGCUCCAGAGAUGGAACUUGGGAGGAGCAAUAGGUGUGGGACAAAAUGAGCAUCGUAGGAAGACCAGUUAGGUUCCAGGCUCUAGAGAUUGACGGGUUUUCUCUUAUUUCCUCUGGCUCUUACCCAACCAUCCCUCUCAGGUUUGAGGCUGCCCUUGAGGAAGCUCAUCAGGUCGACCAGCUGCUCUCUGAGGGGCAAGAUGAUGAAGAGUCACUGAAGGAAAAGUUCCCCUUCUUGGGGGUCCCUAUCACCAUCAAAGAAGCCUUUGCGCUAUACGGUGUGUUCUCUUGCAUAACCUCCACCCACCUCUUGACCGCAGUCUGUAGUCUUCCCUCAUUUAAUUUAUUUAUCUAUUUCAUAGAUUUGUUUCAGUAUGAAUAUGUUACAGUAAUGGGUAACAGAGCAACCCUUAAGACGUUUUGUUUGUUGCUUUCUUAAAUCGGCAUUCCUUCAUUCUUUUAAAACUCUGUCGAUGAGAUCUUAUAAAAUAGUGACUGCCAAAUGUAUCUAAACAAUGGUGCUUGAAUCAGUUGAAUCCUUUUUAAAAAAAUAAUAAUAAUAAUAAAUUUUAUUUAUAUCCCACCCUCCCCAGCCGAAGCCGGGCUCAGGGCGGCUAACAACAAUAAAACAGUACAAAAGUACAGCAUAAACAACACUCUAAAAUCAUUCAUUAUAAAAUUAAUUAAUUCAAGCCACCGGCAACCAUUGGGCCAGAACUUAAUUUUUAUUAAGUUUUCCAUUUUAACAAUCCAAUCAGAUCACAUUAAAUAUUCCAAAUUAUACAAAUACAUAUCAUAUAGUCCAAAUAUUUUGCCAAUUUAUAAAUUUUUGUUGGGGCUUCCCAGGCUUCAAGUUCAGUGGGGUCCAAUCAUCUUAUGUUUCUAUGCCUUGAGUUUCCAAUAGUUCCUUCUUUAAAUCUUCCUGUUGUUAUCCUUCCUUCUUUCAUGGCCUCUGAGUUAUUUCCACAGGCAAGUUGAAGUGAGCAAUAAUAUGCUUCUGUAUGAAAUUAGUAUGACUCUCCUUUUUUUUUUUUUGUAGCUGGUAAGUCUAUUAUUUGCAGUAUAUCCUCACAUGCUGGUGUUUAUGCCGAAUCAAUCCAAAAGUCCUUCUCUGGUGGCAAACGCCAUCUUCUCUCAGUUCCGAUGAAAUAAAAUCUAGGCGUUUGCUCAUUAAUUUUCUCAGACAGGUUGCAUCAAACAUUAGUCUUUCCAGGGGAGAUUUGCCAAAUCAGAUUUGAAGUACAGAUAUAAUAACAAAUUAAGAGCUCGCCUCACCCAUGACUAUUUAUCUCUGCAACUCGGUCUAUCCCAUAAUGGCGGAUCCCAAUUAAAUAGUGCGUCACAUCACUCUUCCAGAGAGUCUUUUAUCUUCUUCCAAGUAUUUAAAAAAACAAAGGCUUUAGUUAGUAUUUGAAUCAGUUGAAUCCUAAGGGCAUUCUUCAAAUAGUGAGCGACUCAUUUAGGACUUUGAAGACAAAGGUUCAAAGGUUCACCACUCAGCCAUGAUGCUCAACCUAACCCUACAUCACAGGGUAAUUGUGAGGAUUAAUUAGGAGGUAGGCAUGUGCUAUCUUGAACUUCUUGGAAGAAGAAGAAGGUUUCCAAUUGUUGUGUUUUGGGAAAGCUAUGUUAUCUUACAAUAGGGUGUGCUGUAUAAAGUGCAGCCCACGUCCUUUUCUCAGUGAGUGACAUCUUUGCUAACCUUCUAGGGAUUUUCCUUCAUGUAGUACUGCAGACUAGGCUAAUAUCCAGCUGCUCUGAGGGCGCCAGGUUUUAGUCUGAAACCAGCAAUUCUCUGGUGUUGCUGCAUCUUAGAGGGUGUGGUCCCAAACUUGUUAAACAAGAUACUCCUUCUCCAGUAAAGCCAACCAAUUUUUGCACUCUUAAUGAGGUACCUCUGGAGUAUCUAGGGAUGAGAUUUACUAUUUGUGGUUUGCUCCCCACAAACCUAUUCCUCCUUGGCUAAGCCAUACCUCUCUUCACACAUACAAAACAAGUAAGAUACUUCUUGGUUUGAGGACUGUGUACUUGCUUGUAUACUUGAGGACAGAGAGCAUGCUAAAAGAUCAAGGAACUGGCUAGAAAGGAGGAGGUGGGUUAUAAAGCACAGAGUGAGCAAAAACCAUUACUGUAAUAGGUUUUGUUUUUAUUUUAGUUCAUUACUUACCUUUCUCCCUUCCACUGCUAAAAGGAGCAUUUGCUUUCCCCAGCUGGAAAGAUGAUAAAGAUGAGCUUUAUCUCAUCUACUAUAGGAUGCAAAUGGUUUACAGAAAAUGAAAAACACCUACCAAAUAGAACCAGAGAUACCUGCUUGAUUAAACAUUGCUGAAAUAGUGUGGUGUAUCUACCAUAUUGCAUCAUUUUCCAGACAUUUGGGGAGCAGCUACUCCCUUGGCUCUUGGCCUUAUAUCUGCGCUUUAUCACUGCUCUAGGCUAUUGUGGAACCUCUGACUCUUUUUUUCCUUUUUGUUUCUCUCAUUGUGGUAGGGUUGCCCAAUGCCUCUGGACUGGUUAGCCGUCGUAACAUUAUCUCCACAUCCGAUGCUUCGGUAGUGUCACGGGUAAAGCAGGCUGGCGCCAUCCCACUGGGUGUGACCAACUGCAGCGAGCUGUGCAUGUGGUUUGAGUCGAGCAACCGGGUCUAUGGUCGGACCAACAACCCAUAUGACCUAGAGCGCAUCGUAGGAGGCAGCUCAGGUGAGUGGGCUACCUCGUUUGUGAGCACAUGCUGCACUGAACAGAUAAAUUAGUCCUGGCUGAUCAAAUCUCCUGCUAGUGAUUAACUGCUCAUGUGAUGGGGGUUUAAACAAGUGACCAGAACUCAGCAAGAAUGGAGGGCAGUUGGGAAAACGUUGCUUAUUUUUGACUUUGAUACAGCAUAGAAGUAGGUUUGUAUAGGGAUUGGGGACUGGAAAGCCACCUAUAAUAGUUUGCAAGUUAGGUAUGCCAGUGAUGCUUCUAUUUUGUUGGAUCUGCAAGUAUUUGAGAUUAGUACUGAGUAGCAAGACAAUCCCUGGGGAAAAAAAUCUGAUUAGCCCACUCUGUUUCUCCAUGUGUAUUUCGGUCUCCCAGAGCAGAUUUUGUGAGUGGCAAGUGCGGGGUUACUCAGAUAUGUCUGUGGUCCAGUACCAGUCUUUCCUUUGUUUCCCUUCCAGGAGGAGAAGGCUGCAUCCUGGCAGCUGCUGGUUCUGUGAUCGGUGUGGGCUCGGAUAUUGGGGGCAGUAUCCGUAUGCCAGCUUUCUUCAAUGGCGUCUUUGGACACAAGCCCACCACUGGUACAAAAUGCCCAUUUCUCAUUGCUUCUUUUUCCACCAAGUUAACUAAAAGAAAGGACAGAAAGAACAGCUGUAGGUUGUCUUGAUGAAGAAUUAGGGUUUAUUUCCUUUGGAAGGUCAACUGGACCUUAAGGUAAAAGCCUCUGGGAAUUUGGACAUCCAGUUCAGAAGGAGAGUCAGCUACCGUUCCUGAAGGCCUGGCUGUUUUGGCUACACAAAUUGGUAUCUCAGUACAGUAGAACCUCGUGUUAUGGACGGGAUCCAUUCUGGAGGCCCAUCUGUAACACGGAACUGAUGCAUGCCAAAGUGCCACAUUUGCACCCUUGGAAGUAACCCAUUCCAGUACUUCUGGGUUGCCAUGGGAUGCAACACGAAAACACAUAACCUGAAGUGGACGCAGCAUGAGGUAUGACUGUAGUGGAAGCAGCAAGUCCAAAUCUAGCAACGGUAUCCUGUUGAAAACUUUUUUAAAGCAUUGCAUGGCUAUUAAAAGAUAGGAAGGCCCCUGCCUGCAGGUUCACAGACUAAUACAAAAGCAAUGGGAGGAGGGAAGAGAGCUAGACUUGCAACACUUGCUCCUUCUUUGGCCAGAGGAUGGGGCCAGGAUACUUUAUCCCUGUUGCCAUAAUGUUCAUUGUGUGGAACAGAAGGUGGACCCGAGUGUGCCUUCUUCAGUUCUGCAGUCUCAAGGUAACUGGCAGUAGCAGUGUCCUUUCUGUCAGAAAACUGAUUAGGGUUCUGGUUUGGACCUAAACUAGCCUUGAAUACAGUGCUCUGUGUAUGGGAGAGAUGGCAUAUGAACCCAACCCUGUCACUAAACUAAAACGAUGUGGUUUGUCAUGCAAAGCUAAACUUGGUGUGUUCGUCUAGGUGUGGUUCCCAAUGACGGCCAAUUCCCUAAUGCUGUGGGCAUUCGGACAAAGUUCCUGUGCACUGGCCCAAUGUGCCGUUUUGCAGAGGACCUGGAACCCCUGUUGAGGGUCAUGGCUGGGUCAGGCGUUACAAAGUAAGUGGUUCUUAUUACUUUUGCAGUGCAUAAAGUGAAUCCUAGUCUGCUAAGAAGUGCAAAUGUGUUUGGCACCUGUCAUUAUUGUCACCGGCUGUCUUUGCCCCUGACGGUAGAGAUCUGCACCGUGAGGGACAGGGCUAACUAAGGCAGAGGUCGGAAUACCCCCCUUCACAACACCAUGUAGGAAAGCCGAUUUAACUGGCCGUUGAAUCUUAUUUCCACACUGGCUGUGGGACAGCAUCCAUCAGUGCGCCUCUGGGCACCAGGCUUGCUUCAGGGGUGCAGCAUUGGCUGCAUAGCUCACCUGACUCUGUUAUCCAUUACUUUGCUCUACUCUGUACCCUCUAUCAUCCUCUGCCUUGGUCUGCCUAAUGGAGGACAGUAUCCCCACUGGUCUGGCACCUUCUGUAGCUGUGGCAUUUUUUUACCAAGAGUUGAUUAUAAGAACUUGGUGUACAUCAAUGAGCUAGUCCACUCUGCCGACUUGAACUGAGGAUGGGACCAAAGUGCUCCUCGUUUCUGACUUGUGGCCAUCUUAUUCCUUCCUAUUCAGGUUGAAGCUGGAUGAAAAAGUAUCUCUAAAGAAUGUGAAAUUCUACUCCAUGGAGCAUGACGGAGGUUCUGUCUUUGUUUCCCCAGUGGACAAAGAGCUUCUUCAGGCUCAUCGGAACGUAAGAGGAAACUGCAUCUGGUAGCUUUAAAACUUGAGGGCCAUUACAGUUAUCAGGGAGUUUAGGUAGGCGUUUGGUAAAUGGCAGCUGAGUCAGCCUGUGCAAAUUUGCCUGUGCAUACCUUCAUGUGCCCCAGUGUACCUGGGCACUGUUUUGGUAAGAGUAUAUCCUUUGCAUGCAGAAACCCCCUGCUCCAUUCGGUUCCCAGCAUCUCCAGAUAGGAAACGAUCCCUUCUUUAAACCUUGGCUGUAUAUCUACUGGCUGUGUUAUAUUUAUUAUUAAUAAUAAUUAAAUGCAUUUUUAUAGGGGGAAAAGUCUCAGUUCAACUUGCAGCAAGAUUAUGAAUACAAAGAUAGCAUAAAAUAGCCCCAGAGCAGUGCAAUUAUCUUGAAGUAGGAUUGCCAAAUCAAAAGGGAAAUGUAAGGGCUAUUGUGGAGCUUUGAUAGCUAAGCUUAGGGUACAUUUACAUAAUGUUCUGGUGAGCUGUGGAAGUCUUGAAGCUGGAGUGUAGGGAGCAACCCCUAUGUUCACUAGCGGUUGCAGUGAAAGUACCAAAGAUUAAGGAGAACCACUCUCUAUCCUUCUCUGUGUGUGAGAGAAUUCACACAUGCAUACCAUCUUCACCCUGUGAUUACAACUGAGUGAUGUAUGCACAUACUUAAAAAAAGUUGUUGCAUAGCAAAGUCCACAGGCACAGUCUUCCUAUCAUGUUGCCUGAAGCAGAGUGGAGCUCCUCAGAAGUUCAGACAUCCAUCUGUGAAUGUCCAGGUGUUACCAGUCCUCCUAACUCUGAUGUAGUGGUGAUAAUAUUGUUUUGGUGUACUGUGUCUGUGUGGAAUGAGAAGAAUCCUAUAUUUUUCUUAAAUGCUCUUUGGCCCCCGGGCUUUCAAUUCCUCCUUUAAUAACUGUUUACUCAAUGGCUGUUAUUUUCUCUCUUAUGUUUUCAAGGUGGUAAAGCACUUGGAGGCUGACCUGGGUGUUCAAGUUCAGCCUGUGAAUAUUCACAAAAUGAAGUAUUCCUUCCAGAUCUGGUCUGUCAUGAUGUCUUCCAAGGACAGUGAUGGGCAGGUAUGUAAAAUGCAAACAGGUAAGCCUACCUGUGACAGGGGAAGAACAGCAGCAAUGGACAAAUUGUCUUUCAGGGAUGCUGAUCUUCAUAUGAUCUUCAUACAUUGUUCUCUAGAGCAUGGUUCUAAAAAGUACUUAGUUAGUCCUUCCCAUGGACCCCAAUCUCUACUAUAUUUAAAGCAGUACCAUGCUACCUUAAGCAAUUAUGGUUUCCCUCAAAGAAUUCUGGGAACUGUAGUUUGUUAAGAGAUUUGCUAGGAGAUCCUUAUUUCCCUCCCAGAGCUACUAUUACCAGAAUUCCCUGGAAAGAGGGAUUGUUUGUUUUGUUUUUUAAAAAACAAUUUUUAUUUGAUUUUACAAGUAUAAAAUUGUAACAGUACAAAAUACAUAACAAUAUUUAGAGAUUCUUCCAAAUUUCUGGACUUCCCAUCUUCCCCUCUAUGGGUCCUAUUAUCAACUGCAUAUUAUUUAAUCAUCCAAAUUUUAUAUCUCUCAAUUUUUGUCCAUAAUACUUUCUACAUUACAAGUGUUAUUGUAAUCCUGCUGACAUUUUCAUCUGCUUACAGUGGUCCCUCAGGUAGAUUGUAAAUUUUCCCCAUUCUUUGAGCUUUCCGGUCAGUUUCAUCAUUUUGGCAUAAUCCAACAGCUUAGUUUGCCAUUCUUCUCUGGUAGGGACUUUAUAGUCUUUCAGUCUAGAAGAGGGAUUGAUUGUUAAACCAGUCUGGCAAUUGUAGCUCUGUGAGGAGAAUAGGGGUCUCUGAACAAUGCUCAACAACCUUGGCAAACUACACUUUGCAAGAUUCUUUGUGAGAUGCCGUACCAUGACUGUUCAAGGUGACGUCUUUUAAACGUCUGGUGCAGUUGGGACCCAUGCCUGCUUCCAUAGCUCUUGCUCCACUAUGAAAGAUUUAUUUAUUUAUUUGUCAUUGUACCUUGUAAAAUUGAGAGAGGAGGUUUGGUACAGGCUGCAAACCAUGCUUAAAAUAUACUAGUUUUAAAAGCUAGAAGCAGAAAACAUUACGGAAUUCUCUUCGUCCUUGCUUCUCCAUUCAUAUUCAUAUUCAUAUUACAGCAAACAGAAACCUUCACAGAGCUUCUUGGGGAUCAUGGAAAGCCAGUGUGGCCGUCAUGGGAGCUGCUGAAGUGGAUGAUAGGGAUGUCUUCACACACCAUCCCAGCCAUUGGUAACGUCCUGUUUUUAAAUUUAAGAGUUUAAUUCUAAAAUAGCUGCACUUCUUUGAUGUGCUAGUUCUAUCCAGGUUGUUUGGCAAUUUCCUGGUAACUAAAUAUGGAGUGCUGGCAAAGAAAUGUAUAUAAUAAUGCUUGGGACCAGAAGGUAGCAUCAUAUAUUUGGAAGGGAGGUGGUGAUGCUGACAAUCUAGGACUGGGAUAGCCAACAUAGUGCCUUCCAGAUGUUGGUGUACUACUAGUCCCAUCACCCCUGACCAUUGGCCAUGCAGGUUGGGGGCUGAUGUCUGCUGGACUCCAACAACAUAUGGAGGGUGCCACGUUGACUAAGGAGUCUGGCGAUCCUCAACUCAUCCAGUACCAUGGAAGUUUGGGAGUGAAAGGCAGCAACUAAAAGAGUUGUUUUCAAAUGCUUGUGUACCUGCUCUUGGCUGUGGCCCGUGCUAAGGGAUGAUGGGAGUUGUGGUCCAGCAAUAUCUGUAGGGCAUCGCAUCGGCUACCCCUGUUCUAGUAUAUCAUGUUAUAUAUGAUGCAGCCUUUUGCAGUGACUGCUGUUUGUCUUUGACCUACCUGCAUCUCUGUGCUCUUUAGCACUAGGAUUAACCGAGAAGGUGGUGAAAUACAGUCCCAAAGUGAACGCUAAGCUAGCAAGCAUGGCACAGAGUCUGCAGACCGAGAUGGUGAAUCUACUGGGAAGUGAUGGUGUCCUCUUAUAUCCUUCACACCCUGUAGUUGCUCCCAAGCACCACACUCCUCUGGGGAUGCCUUUCAAUUUUGCCUACACGGGUAAGGAGUUCCUAUUUUGCAUAUGCAUGUAUUACUCAUGUACAUUCUUUCAGUGUAUAUGAUGCUUUGCAGAGUACAAGAUGUUAGUCAGGUCACUGCCUUAAGGAGCUUAGAAUGUAAAAAUUCAACACAGGAAAAGGAGAGGAAGCAGGAGACCAGGAGAAGAAGGGAAGCAGCAUGCAGUAAUUGUAUUUCACCAUUUGGGUGAAUAUGGUUUUCUUUGCCUGUGUACAUGCUCAUGUGCACCCACCGAACAGGACAUAGCAUAUGAUACAGCCAUAUGCGUGCAGUACAUGGGUAUGUACUAUACAAUUCCACAGUACUGCUACCUCCAAACUAGGUUAUACAACUUUUCCAUGGGAUUAUGUUGACCUCCUGAUUCUGGGAAGUCUCUGGGUAUGGAGCAAACUGUGCUUUGUUUAUUAGGGGCCUCUGUGACAUAUUGUGUUUCAUUAGCCAGCGCAGAACCCCUUGAUUUAUUCUUGCACUUAAAACCAGUAUGAUAAAUUCCAAAUUCUCAGGGAAUGUUUCUAGAUAGCAGCGAAACAAAAUGUCUUGGGAUUCUAGUUCGUUUGUUGCAAAGAAGUGCUUUGAGUCCCUAAUUCCUUUCACUCUCUCUUCCCCUUUUAGCCAUCUUCAACAUACUGGGCUUACCAGUGACCCAGUGCCCGCUGGGCUUGAGCAAGGAAGGCCUCCCCUUGGGCAUCCAGGUGGUGGCAGGACCCUACAAUGACCACUUGACUCUGGCCAUGGCACAAUACUUGGAGAAGGCAUUUGGAGGAUGGGUUCUCCCUGGUACAUCCUAGCGUGUGUUGCCCGAGUCCUGGUGAUAGCAGAAACACGAAGAGUGCCCCACCUGUAGCAGCCGGCAGCUGCAUCUGAUAUUGGAGGAGCUCUGAUGCCUGUCCCCCCUGCACGCACUUGCAACCCAGGGGGACUUAAUUCCCUCCCACAGGGCCAAAGCUGAUAGAGAGUCCAGCUGCACCUUUAGCUUUCUUCUUUUCUUAUUACAAAAUUACUUGAGAAGUUUAGGCAAUAGGAUGCUCUCUCCUUUCUCAGGGAAAUCGGGGGUUUUGGGGAGGGGGGAGAGGGUUCUUACAGGACAAUCAUAUUGUGAGAUAUGGGAGAGGGUUUUCUGUCCCUGACUGUGGUGUUAGUAGUAUAGGGCUCCUGGUCCCCUACUUAACGUGGUUUUUCUUUGCUGCUUUCAAGGCCAGGCCAAGGGCAUCUGUAAUAUUUAUCUGUGCUGGAGACUAUUUCCCCUACUUGAAAAUGUAUUUGGGAAAUUGGGGUCCCCCAGCUUCCCACAAUUUGCACAGAACACUGAGAACAGUGCUGGAGAAGGAGUUGUUGACUCCUCACUAAGUUGGACUUGGGAGUUCCCAGCCAUGGCUCAUGGUGGAAGAAGACGAGGGCAGCUUUUUAAUUUCUUGGAAGGCACACCUUAGUAAAUCUAGGACUGUUCAAAUGAACGUGAUGGAACAUGUGAUGGAUCAAGUGUUUUCCCACACACAUUCCUCUUCUGAGCCUGUGGGGCCAUGUCUUGUGGAUGUGAGGUUCUAAAUCCUGCUUUGUAUGUCUCUUUUUCAUGAUGUUGAUAAAUCCAUACGUUACUCUAUGCACCUUUUGACUGGGUACACUGAAAAACAGUGCUGUUGGCCAGUUCCCAUGGACCAAUCAAAAUGAAAUGUAUGCCAUUUGCACCAAAGAGAAUAUAAUGAUAUAGUACUUUA